UGAUUUCCCACUUGGAAGUUCGUGAUAACCUCCUGACUGGUCCUCUGCCUGUAUUCCUGUCCCUUCCCAGCCACGCUCCACAAAGGCCCCCUACCCCGGGGGGCUUUCUAAACUGCAAGUCUAAACUGGGCCUCUGACCUCACCAGACCCCCUAGUUUCCUCAGCAGCUUCCAGCCAUGCCAUGCGUUGAACAACUCACUGCCUUUGCCCAGCCUUCUCCUUCCUUCCCACCCGCUUCCUCCUGCUGCCGAACUCCUAUUCAUCCUUCAAGACCCAGCGUAAAUUUCCUCUUGGAGGAGCUGUCUCUGACCCUCGUGAGGCCAUGUGAUGCCUCGAAUGGGUCUCUGUUUUGAAGCCCGCACUGCGUUGCACUUAUCUAUACUGGCAGUUCCCACUUGCAAGCGUGUGUUGUGUGGCGGGCACUGGGCUGAGCCCCAGGCAUGCAUUAUCCUGCCACAGUAACCACGUGAGGUGCACCCCACGACGGCCCCACUCACAGAUGAGGAAGCAAAGGCUCAGAGAGGUGGUGUGGCUCACCCGAGGCAUGCGUGUGGAGGCUGACAGAGCUGGGAUUUGAGCCCAGAUCUGUCUGACUCUGUUUCUACGUCCUUCUGUCUCCUGUUCCCUGGAUCCUGCUGUAUUCCCUGGAUCCCCAUUGUAGGCCUUUGGGAGACCGUUGGGUGUGGGAGGGACGGAUCAAAGCGGGGGGGCGCAGCAGCGUGGUCAUGAUGUGGGCAGGUUGGGGACGUGGAGGGAGGCCGGAGUGAGGGCCUGGGUUUACUCUGGUGUUGAGGCGAGAAGAGACUCUCAGUCCGGCGCCCCAUGGUGAAGGGUUUCCUUUCCACCUUUCAUUCCAAGUGGCAGCCUCUGGCUGCCAGGGGACAGGGCUGUGGGACUCCGGGGAGCUGGCAGGCGGCAUGCAGACAGACGCCAUGGCAACCCGCCUCCUCUCUGGGGCCUGGAGGGGGAGGAAGGACCUGAGAGAGCACACGGGGCGCACCGAGGCUUCUGAGUAGGAUCCUGGAGAGGUGGCUCCCUUUGGGCCUGGGUGGCUUCUGCCCUCCCCUGAGGGAUCCCCCGUCCCCCCCGCCUGCAAGGUCCUGUCCCAGCAGGGGAAAUGCCUCUUCCACCCCUGUCCUGAAUGAAUGGCUGGCUCUGGCCUCCCAGGAGACCAGCAGGUCCAUCCAGGUACAAACACUGUCUUCUUCCCGCCCCCUGGGCCAGGGAGGAAGGAAGAGGGAGCACAGGAGGAGGGAGGUGUGGGGUUGCCGAGCAGGUAGGAGCAGGGACAGAGGAGACAAAGCUGUCAUUGUACUGAGGCCACACUCAGCUCCAAGGCAAACCAGGCAACUUGCCUGCCUCCCAGGACAGAGGCCCGGGACUCCGCCUGGACUUUCCUCGCUCCUUAGCAACCUUUACCCAAGCUGGCCUGGGAGAGUGAGGCCUGUCCUCGGAUCUGAGUUCUGCUGAGUCCUGCCUCUGCUGAAAAGUCCUCCUGAAGGCACAGCCUCUUCAGGGCAUCCCCCCAAAAGCGACAAGGGAAGGGGGUGAGGCCGGGAGGGUGGCUGGGGCAGCCGGGCUGCCUGGGACGAGAAGCCAGGGUCUGCCGGGCCCUGCGGCUCUGCGAGCUGGGGCCCACGUGUGAUAACGCGUCACCCCCCUGUCGGCCCCAAGCUGUGCCCAGGAGGCCCGGAGCCCUUGGUAGCCUUCCUGACAAGUGUGGGGAGCACUGUCUUCGGUCCCGUGGCUCCUCCUUCAGGGGUCGGCCCUACAUUGCCUGGAGGCCCUGCCUGAUUGGGGCAUGAUGGGUGGGAGCUGGGGUGAGCAGCUCAGGUGACGGGCAUGGUGUCGGCAGCUCCGGCACCCGACACCUCCGGGCAGACAAUGCUGGCUGUGUCCAGGCCCUCCGGGGGGACAGGCCACGUUCUGUGUCACGGCCAGGAAACAGGCCACCUGAGCAGCGCCUUUGUCCUCUCAGGAGGCAGCCCCGCCACCGGGCAGGUUGACCAGGCUCCCGGGAGGACGUGGACGUGGGAGGCCCGUGUGACCAGGGGUGGGGCCAGCCAGGGGACUCCGGAGUCUGAGACCCAGGCCCUCGGGCGCCUGGUGUUGGCCUGGUUCCGAUGUUGGCCCUGCCCACACUCUGGGGGCGUGACUGGGGCAAGUCCCUCCUCUGGGAGGCUCGGAUUCCUCAUCUGUGAGGGGACUAAUCACAGCACUUCCUCAUAGGGUUUUGGGAGGAGUCAAUGGCACACUACAGGAAGCCCUGAGCCACACGCCAGCGGGCGCCCUGGGAAGGUGACGUCACGACUAGCCCAGCCUAAUUUGGGGUUCCUGGUCCUGCUCCAGGAGUCCUCCAGCCUGCAGCCCCCGCCGAGGAGGGAGGACUGUCUACCGUGGGGUGGGGUCCGAGUCAGGGAUCGGGGGUCCCGGCUUGUAGUGUAGAGAACUCAGUGCUGUGCUGAGUCAGGAGCCCUGCCCCGAAGCCCGUGUGACCUUGGGCCAGGCCUUCGAGCUCGCUGUCCACAUUCGAUCAUCUGGAGAACACAGAGUCGGAUCUCUGAUUUCCGGCUGCCCCCGAGGCCCUGACGUUCGAGAUUUUAAGUCAGGUGGCAGGAGUGUGCUAACUUCGUUGGUGGAGGGAGCUGUGGCCAGAGCCUGGCGGCUGGGCCCUCGCUCGGUCCUGGGGUGUCCUGCUGAAGGGUGAGAGGAGAGCCAUGCCAGGCAGCGGCCCCAACGAGAGGAUGACAUGGCCUGGUCCGGCCCUCCCCACGGCCCCCCCAACGCGCCCUCUUUCCUCAGCCCCGGGGACACCGCCCAUCCCACCCCUCACCCGGACCCGCAGCCUCAUGGCCAUGUCCCUGCCGGGCAGUAGACGGGCCUCUGCUGGAUCCCGCAGCGGGGGCCCUUUGGGCCGCAGCGGCCUGGCGGUGUUCGCCCAGUGUCCGCAGCUGCCCGCCAGCCAGAACGAGCACCUGCCUCUUCUCCCUGCCUCCAGGCGCACCUCUCCGCCAGUGAGCGUGCGGGACGCCUACGGCACCUCCUCUCUCAGCAGCAGCAGCAACUCGGGCUCCUGCAAGGGCAGCGACAGCAGCCCCACGCCCAGGCGCUCCAUGAAGUACACGCUGUGCAGCGACAACCACGGCGUCAAGCCCCCCACCCCAGAGCAGUACCUGACCCCACUGCAGCAGAAGGAGGUGUGCAUCCGGCACCUGAAGGCGCGGCUGAAGGACACGCAGGACCGGCUCCAGGACCGGGACACGGAGAUUGAUGACCUGAAGACACAGCUGUCGCGCAUGCAGGAGGACUGGAUCGAGGAGGAGUGCCACCGCGUGGAGGCCCAGCUGGCCUUGAAGGAGGCCCGCAAGGAGAUCAAGCAGCUCAAGCAGGUCAUUGACACGGUCAAGAACAACCUCAUUGACAAGGACAAGGGGCUGCAGAAGUACUUCGUGGACAUCAACAUCCAGAACAAGAAGCUGGAGACGCUGCUGCACAGCAUGGAGGUGGCCCAGGACGGCAUGGCCAAGGAGGAUGGCGCCGGGGAGUCGGCCGGCGGGUCCCCCGCCCGCUCCCUCACCCGCAGCUCCACCUACACCAAGCUGAGUGACCCGGCCGUGUGCGGGGACCGGCCCCCCGGCGAGCAGCCCGGGGCUUCGGGCGAGGACGGGGCUGACAGUGGCUUCGCGGUGACCGACGACACGCUGAGCCGGACGGACGCGCUGGAGGCCAGCAGCCUGCUGUCGUCGGGCGUGGACUGCGGCCCCGAGGAGGGCUCGCUGCACGGCGGCUUCAGCCUGGGACCCCGCUUCCCUGCCAGCAACACCUACGAGAAGCUGCUGUGUGGCACGGAGGCCGGCGUGCAGGCCAGCUGCGUGCAGGAGCGUGCCAUCCAGACAGACUUCGUGCAGUACCAGCCGGACCUGGACACCAUCCUGGAGAAAGUGACCAGGGCCCAGGUCUGCGGGGCGGUCCCCGAAUCGGGGCACGGGUGCCCGGAGCCGGAGCCCCGCCCCCCGGGGCCCAAAGACCCCGACUCGGCCGUGGUGGUGACGGUGGGUGACGAGCUCGAGGCCCCCGAGCCCGUCACCCGAGGGCCGAGCCCUCACCGGCCCGGUGCCGACCCCAACCCGUCGGUGAGCGUGGCGUGCCCCGUGGAAGACGAGGAGGAGGUGGCCGCGGCCGAGAAGGAGCCCAAGAGCUACUGGAGCCGCCACUACAUCGUGGAUCUGCUGGCCGUGGUGGUGCCGGCCGUGCCCACGGUGGCCUGGCUGUGCCGCUCGCAGCGACGCCAGGGCCAGCCCAUUUACAACAUCAGCUCCCUGCUGCGGGGCUGCUGCACGGUGGCCUUGCACUCCAUCCGCAGGAUCAGCUGCCGCUCGCUGAGCCAGCAGGGCCCGGGCGGGCCGGGCGGCGGCUCCCAGCUGUGAGGGG